AUGAUUAGGACAGUUCGCCGGUUUGACUUUAACGAAUCGCUUAUACAUCCAUUUUAUCCGCGGGUCGGCGACCCGUUCAAACGAUCCCAUGUAGUAACGCAACUGAAUGCUUAUAGAGAAAAAUACACCGACGCUAGCAAGUACAAGGGAGGAAAACAAGCCGGCCAACGCCAAAAAGCUAUCGACAAAGCACAACUACUUUCGAUGAUGGAAAAUGACGAACCGUUGGAAGGUAACGACGAUCAACGGGAAUUGAUAGACGAUCGUGAAUAUGAUUCCAUCGCAUCCAGCGCCAUGCACGUAACGAAACGAAUAACCAAUAUACAUAAUGUCGCUAUUUUACAACCCUACGUUAAAUGGGGACCUCGUAAGAGUGCCACAAGCCCCGAGCUAUUGUUGCAAGAAGCGGAAGCGUUAGUACGGUCUCUUCCAAAGUGGACCAUCGAGUUCAGUUUGAAAAUUCCUGUUGAUACAUUGGACAAAAAGCAUUUGUUCGGCAGCGGCAAGCUAGAAGAGCUUAAGGCCGUCAUCAGCGCCCGCCAAGAAACCGGAACUCCGCUCACGUGUGUAUUCAUCAGCAAGGGUACCCUCAGCUUCACGCAAAAGCAAACUCUCGAGCAGGAGUUUCGUCUUCCUGUGAUGGACCGAUACUCGGUGGUUGUGCAGAUACUUCGACUGCACGCAGUCAGUAUGGAGGCAAAACUGCAGGUAGCCCUUGCUGAGUUGCCCUACAUUUGGUCGCAGGUGAAAGACCAAGAGGGCUCAUCGAAAGGCUCCGGAAGAAUCUUUUUAAGCGAUUCCCAACGCCAGAUGCUGCAACUGCGUGAACGUAAACUACGGAAUGAGCUGACAAUGAUCCGUUCUCACCGGGAGCUGCUUCGAAAUCGCCGUCGCCAGAAAAACUUUCCCAUCGUCGCGGUGGUGGGAUAUACGAAUGCAGGCAAAACAUCGCUGAUAAAAGCAUUGACCGAAGAGCAAAGCUUGCAGCCACGGGAUCAGCUAUUUGCCACGCUAGACGUGACCGCGCACGCCGGAUUGUUGCCUUGCAAACUCCAGGUGCUUUACAUGGAUACGGUCGGGUUUAUGGCCGAUAUUCCUACUGGGCUAAUUGAGUGCUUUGUAGCGACACUUGAGGACGCAAUGCUGGCCGAUGUAAUUGUGCACGUGCAGGACAUGGCGCACGAGAACUACAAGGAGCAGCGCGCUCAUGUGGAACGUACUUUGGCUUCGCUUAUGCGCAAUGGCGAGCGAUCGUUGACGCCGGAGCGCAUCAUCAAUGUGGGCAACAAAAUCGACCUAGUACCAGGAGAAUCUUCAAUGAGGUUGACUGAUGGGGAAGAAGAGCCAUCGACCGUCGACCGCUUACAUCUAGUGUCCUCUCGUACGCUACACGGUAUGGGCAGUUUACUGCAAGAAAUAGAACGAAGAGUGUUACGUGUGACCGAUCGACAGAGAAUGGUCGUACGGGUACCGAUGGGUGGCCAAGAAGUGGCAUGGCUUUAUAAAAAUGCUGCCGUAACUGAAACGGCGGCUGAUCCAAACAACGCUGAACGGUUGCUAGUGAACCUGGUUAUAACGGAGGCAAAGUUGCAACAAUUUCGACAUUUAUUUAUUCGAAAUCGAGGUGAAAGAUGAUUUUUUCAUACAUUUGUAGUAUAAUAUAUUGUAAU